AUGGCGAAAAAAGCUGUCAAAGAUUUAUGGGUCCUCGAUAAGUCUAUAUCUGAAUUCAUCGAAGAAGAGGUUUCUUACAAACCCAAAAUCGAAAUGAAACUGAAAGUUAUUCAGGUGGCGAUAGACUUGCCUCGUGCCGCGAAAAUAGUCAACUUGUUCAAGGAGGGGAAUGAGGUGAACUUAUGUGUAAAUUAAGAAUAUGAACGAAAGUUCCAUUAAGAAGGAGAAAGAAAUUGGGAAAAUAAAAUUUCUGCGGAACUAUUGAUGAAAAAUAAUUACACUCUCCUUCAAAAUUUUUCUUGACCAAAAAUGGUGUUCGACUUUUGGAAUCUGCACUUCUCCAAAUAUUGAACUGCUAUAAUUCUUUUCAUGUGUAUCGAAAAUUAUCGAAAGUUAUUCAUGAAUUAUUCAUGUGUAUCGAAAGAUAUCGAAAAUUGUCUUCGGAUGAAAAUCAGCUGAACAAAGGUGGCCUAUGUGGCCCGAUAUCGUGGCGACGUACACGGAAACAUGACUUGCGAGCAGUUGCGAAGGGCGUUCGAAGUUUUCAACGAGGCCAAGUUGUUGAAGCCGUUUCCUCUCGUGCAACUCUCGUUUCCAGCAACUUGAAUAAGAAGGCCUUGAAGGCGCUCAACAGCAUCGAGGCCAAAAUCGAAAACUCCGAGGAAAAACAAGCUGUUUUGUCCAUGAUAAAGGUGAGCUCAUAAAGUUUAGGAUGAAGACCAAACUAGAGACAAGGAAAUUAGAGGUUUAGCAGUCUUUCUCAGAAGAAAUAUGUCACAGAAAACGGAAUCGUUCCCAUCUUUGAAGUAAAUUAGGAAAGAAAAGCUUUGAGGGACCUUUUCUCGGAAGCUAAGAAGUUUUUUCAGCGUAUAAUUUCAGAAAACUAAUUUGGAAAAUCAAAGCUUUAGGAAAAACUCAGAAGAGAGGAUUCCGAGUAAUAAAAGAAACUUCGCUUUUCUUUCAAAAUUGAUCCUAACCUUUGAACUCUUUUUGCUAUUUUAACUGAAUGCAAACUAAUACAAAACAAGGUAAAAUAAGAAAUAAGAUACUUUUCAGGCUUGCAGUGAUUCGAAUGAUAUAACAGAGGUGACUAAAAUGUACAGUUCUGGUGGAAAGAAAACGAAAGCCGCUCAGGCGAGGUAUAUCAUAAUGGGAAGCCCAAUCAUUUCGAAAGGCGAUUUCCAGGGAACUUGGGUUCGAAGAAGUAGCCAGGGAGAUAAUCAGAGGCGCUCACGUUGAUCUCGCUCGAUACGUCGGAGAGCGUAAAUCGAUUCUUCUUUCUCGAAAAUAAUUUCUUUUCCAGAAACGGACAGCUUGGAAAAGGUGAUGGAACAGGUGAAGAUCAGUCUCGCGGACUUGCUCAAUAAACUGCAGGAAACAGUGGAGGCGGCCAAAAGAAUGUUUCUCGUAAACCACAGAAAAUAAUAUAUGAUGAAUUGCUUGCAGUUCUAAGCUCGAAACUCGAGUUCGACUGAUCAUUACUGCAGCUGUGGCUCCGAAAACGAAGAAAGCUUUGGAGAAAGGCGACGGAACAGCACAGGUUAAUAGAUCUGUGACAAGAAAACAUUUCAGAAGUAGUUUAUUAACUUGAAUCGCUCCAAAAAAGAUAUCCAAACAUUAUGGGAAGCAUUUUUUGUGAUUCUGGGCAGUCUGGAAAUAUUUUCAGGAAGCAGUAGACCACUUCAAACAAUACUUGGAGUUCAAGAAAGAGGCCAGAUGGGUUCAAAACUACCAGAUCUUGGCUCUUGAGCGCGCUGAGGAACGGGAAGCGCUGGCGUGGAAGGUGGAGGUGAACGGCGAAGACGCGAAGAGAGAGCAUCCGACGACGAGGACGAGGUCCGUCUUUCCCUCGACCUCAUCCGGCCCUUUUCAGAGUCCACCCCGCCCACGUCAACCUUUUCCACGACGCCGUCGAAUAUUCCAUCGCUAAGCUCUUCAUUCCGAAGGUCCAACGGGCAACCAGGUCGAUUCAUUGAUAUUCUUGCCCUUUAAUCCAAAUGACGAAUAAACGUUUUUAUAAGCUGACUACCUAACGUCGUCAGUUGUUUCAUACAUCUUUCAACGACUUCCGUUACAGACGAUUUCUGAUCGGCCGUGCAGAACAGGCGGCGAUUCAGUGCUUUUCACGGAAUGUGGGCCAACUUUUCGCUCGUUCGGCGGUGCCCCCCUCCCACAUUGUCGCCCUCGACCCUGGAUUCUCGGCCUGCAAAGCCGCUUUCCUCUCCCCAACUGGUAAGAUCUCUUGAUUUCGUUUCUUGAACCAAAUUCGUUUUCUCUUAACUUCUGUUUUGCCAAAACAUUUCUGCGAAUUAAGUAUCACUACAGUUCCUAGAAACUCCAGUCUGAUAGAACUAAGUUAUGCCGAAGUUUUGAUGACAGUAUGACAUUUAGAACGGCUUCAACUCUUUGAAACACCCUCCAAUAAACCUAUACCUUCCACAGAAGAUAUUCCUGUUUUUUUGACGAAAUAAAAUGGGUUGGAAGAAAUAUACCAGUUUCUAGGAGCAGUGAUCGCCACUGACGAGUUCGGCUUGAGGAACAAGGGCUUCGAUCCCAAAGGAGUCGGACUUCUCCGCAAAUGGGCUGAAUCUUCUCGCCAAGGGUCUUCUGCCAGCUCGAACCUUCUCAUCGCGAUAGGCACCUCAAAAUAAGUUUCUCAAAAAAUGUUCUCGUUCAGGAGACGGCAAGGCCUCCUACGAGACUCAGUGCGCUGUUGCAGAUAUGAUAAAAAGAAAGGAUUUUGGUCCGACUCUCGAUGUUUCUUUUUGGUAUAGUUAAUCCGUUUUUCUGUUGGAGCUUUGUAGUUCAGAUGAAAAUAGGAAAGCAUUUAUCAAAUUGAAUUUUGAACUUUUGCCAUGAAUAUUUUUUGACUGCAUGGGAAAAUUUUUAGUCGCUUUUCUUGGGUUUUGAGGUGCCAAUAAAAAUAAAAUUCUUUAAUCUUGAAACCUAAGUUCGAGUUUCCAGAAAACAGGUAUGAUCAUUCAGAGCCAAGAAAUCCUCUCUAAUAAGGAUACUUGGAAAAACCUGUACACAGUUCUUUUGUGAUUGAUUCAAUGAGUAAGAAUUGUAAUUGAAAAUUUUUGAAGAGACCCUUUCUUCGUUUGAAUUUCUUCCUUCAAUAGGUGUUCCAGCGACUCUAAUGACAGUAAAAAAAAAUAAGCCAAUUUCUUCAUUUUAAUCAAAUCAUCUGAUCAGUUUUUUUGUAGCGUUGUCCCCGAAAAUGGAGCGUCCAAGUACAGCAUCACGGAUUUGGCCGAAGAGGACUUGCCAGGCAUGCCUCCCACCCAGAGAAGCGCUGGUUCGUUUCUUCCAACCUUCCCGAGGCUUUUUAUAACUUUACUUGUUCUUUCUGUGGAAAAUUAGUUCAAUUUAUUUGUAACUCUCAUUUCGUGGCAAUAUUUGUCCAUACGUCAUGGGCAAAUAGCUUCCUUGUAAGUCUAAACUGAAAAGUUUCAAUUAUUUUUUUUAAGACAGGGAAGAAUCUGGAAAGCUCCCGCUUAUUCAACGUCAAGUUACAGUGUCCAUAGGACGACGAGUGAUCGAUCCGAUGGGCGAGUAUGUGAAAAUCGAGCCGCGGCAUCUGGGAAUGGGCAUGUACCAGCACUCUGUGAACACGGGAAAGCUGACCGAGGCCCUCGAACAGGCGGUUCGAGAACGCGUCUCCAUGCGCGGCGUCAACGUCAACAGCGCGUCGGAGCAUCUUUUGAGGCCUCUUUUCACCUUUCUCGCCGCGGCUAUGCUUGCAUUUCAGGUACGUCUGUGGUCUGAACAAAAAGACCGCGGCUGGAGUUGUCGCCCUGCGAGAAAAACUGGGAAGGAUCUCGUCUCGAAGCGAGUUGUUGCAGGUCAAAGGACUCGGCAAGACUUCUUUCACUCAGUGUGCAGGUCUGCAAACAAAAAGAAGUUAUUAUUCAUCUACAGCUCAAUAGAAAAAAAAAAAUGAACUGCCUACUAAAAUUUUUUCGUGUUCUCUUUUCUCUGCCAAGCCUUGCCUAUCGUUUCAAGAAUAUUCGUAUGAUAUGAAAGGAAUUUUUUAUUCCCUCCAGUAAUUGCAGAUAUUUUGGUAGUAAUUGUUUUGUUGUCUCAACGCUAUAUGAACUUGUGAUUUUAAAAUUUAAAAGUUUGAAAAUUAUUUUCGGCUUCCAUACUUUCUGAACAAUGUCGAUUUUCAACUCUUAUAGUUUUUUCCUAAUAUCCAUCACAAAAAUUGAUAAACUCACUUAACUAAAAGUUUUGAGGUUUUCUGUCGAUUAUGCCGCCAGCGAUACGAAACGACGAAAACUCAGAGCCGCCCAAAAAAAAGGCCAAGAAAUGUUCAACGGAAAGCGACUGGAACCCUUUGGAUGGGACCAUCGUUCAUCCGGAUCAAUAUGAGCUCGCGAAAAGGUAGAAAGAAGUGGUUUAUUCUGAAGUUUUUACUCAAAAGCUUCACUUUAGUGUCUUGAACAAAGUAGGACUGGAUUGGUCAAACUUUGAUCCCAACUCCAAUGAACUUGUAAAUCGUCUUAUUGGGUUCAACGAAUUCAAAGACGAAGAAAGAAUCGUCGUCGAGUUGUUCUGUACAAAGCCUCAUACGUUGCCGCCACCGCCCUUCAUGGUAUGUCUUUUGAAGUUUUUUUUUUUGCUUUGAGUCGAGAAAGAAUCUAUGCAAAGAAAUAUUAUCAGAAAGAGGUGCGUAAGAUGGCUUCGCUUCGAGUUGGCGAAACCGUCAUAGGACGAAUCGUUAAUCAGGUUGAUAACUAUUUCGAUUUUCUCAGUAUUCUUAUAUUUCUAAUUGCCAGACUGACUUCGGACUGUUCGUGGACAUUGGAGUCGAGAAAUCCGCACUGGCGCACAAGAGCAAAUUGGUAGCUCCUUACCCCGAGGCAAGCAGUUUCCCGAACAGUUUCUCAUGCCCUUCUACAGGUUGGUUCUAGCGUCAACUUCCGCAUCGAGUCCGUCGACACUUCGCGGGGCCGCAUCGGAAUCGUUCCGCUCGACUGA